UGAUAAUGGAAACGCCGGAAACCAGGACAGAUAAUUUCACAAUUUCUCACAGUGACGUCAAUAGACUCACCCCUCUGGUAAUGAUGUAUAUAUAUCACGUGACAGCCGGUGCUCGGUCCUUUUUAAUACCGCAGCGGCAUCAUAUAGCAUAAGCUAAACAAACAGCAAACAUGGGAAAGGAAAAGCUCCACAUCAACAUCGUCGUCAUUGGGCACGUCGACUCCGGCAAGUCCACCUCCACUGGUCACAUGAUCUACAAAUGUGGAGGCAUCGACAAGAGAACCAUUGAGAAGUUCGAGAAGGAAGCCGCUGAGAUGGGCAAGGGCUCUUUCAAGUAUGCCUGGGUUUUGGACAAACUGAAGGCCGAACGUGAACGUGGUAUCACCAUUGACAUUGCUUUGUGGAAGUUUGAGACCACAAGGUACUACGUCACAAUUAUUGAUGCCCCCGGCCAUCGUGACUUCAUCAAGAACAUGAUCACAGGUACAUCACAGGCUGACUGUGCAGUGUUGAUCGUUGCUGCUGGUGUUGGUGAGUUUGAGGCUGGUAUCUCCAAGAACGGUCAGACCAGAGAACACGCCCUGCUUGCCUUCACCCUUGGAGUGAAGCAGCUUAUUGUUGGUGUCAACAAAAUGGACAACACUGAACCACCUUUCUCGGAGAAACGUUAUGAGGAAAUCAAGAAUGAAGUCGGAAACUACAUCAAGAAGAUCGGUUACAAUCCCAAGGCAGUUGCUUUCGUCCCCAUUUCUGGAUGGCACGGAGACAACAUGAUUGAGCCAACAGAAAAGAUGCCCUGGUACAAGGGAUGGGCCAUUGAGAGGAAGGAAGGCAAUGCGUCUGGCAAGACCCUGUUCGAGGCUUUCGACUCAAUUUUCCCCCCUACCCGACCAUUCGAGAAGCCCCUCCGUCUCCCACUCCAGGACGUCUACAAAAUUGGAGGUAUUGGAACGGUGCCAGUGGGCCGAGUUGAGACAGGUAUCCUCAAGCCCGGCAUGGUCGUCACAUUCUCACCUGCCAACAUCACGACUGAAGUCAAGUCUGUGGAGAUGCACCACGAGUCUCUACCUGAAGCCUCCCCUGGUGACAACGUAGGAUUCAACAUUAAGAACGUCUCUGUCAAGGAAAUCAGAAGAGGAAACGUCACUGGUGACUCCAAGAACGAUCCACCAAAGGCAGCCAAGAGCUUCUACGCUCAGGUCAUCAUCCUGAACCACCCAGGAGAGAUUAAGAACGGGUAUGCGCCGGUGUUGGACUGUCACACAGCACACAUCGCCUGCAAGUUCGAGGAGAUCAAGGAGAAGAUUGACCGUCGUUCUGGCAAGAAGCUGGAAGACUUCCCUAAGGUGGUUAAGUCUGGAGACGCUUGUAUGGCUGACCUCGUCCCAUCUAAGCCCAUGUGCGUCGAGGCUUUCAGCGACUACGCUCCCCUCGGACGUUUUGCAGUGCGUGACAUGAGACAGACCGUUGCUGUCGGUGUCAUCAAGGAGGUCACCAAGGAGGUUGAUGGUCAAGGAAAGGUCACAAAGGCUGCCACCAAGAAGAAAUGAUUAUGUGGCAAUCUAACUCGUCAUUGUGGACAUUGCAUUUGUAUUAAACAUCAUGAGAAAAACCAUUUCUGCCGCGCAUGUCCGCAAUUAUAUCCCAAAUCGACCAUGUUCAAAAAGACUGGUCUUCGCUCUAUUCUCUGUAUUGAGGCAAAGAAGCCUUUGCUGUAUAAUAUUUGGACUUGUAUUAUUCAUAGGUUAACAAUUCAUCGUAAAGAAUUCAGGAGAAAAAAGCUUAAUUCCUGUGUUAAUUUAUGUAUAGUUUUUUAGUUCCGCUUGUAAGUCUUCACCAAAAAAUAAAUGAAGAAUCUGA